CCAUGUCAACAUGUCAGCUCCCUACCGCCGAAACAGAACGGGUUACCGGUCUGUUAUUACCUCAAGUUGUGGUAACGGAGAAGGGUGUUAAACUUUCUUUGUGGAUGAAGGACUUUAAAGAUGGACUUUAUUGUGAAACAGGAGCCAUGUGGAGAAAGUCCGUCUCCUCCAGAGUGUGAGAGACUCCAGAAUAACUACAUGGAAGUUGAGGCACCAGGUGAUGACCGUUUUCUGUAUUGCCAGGACUGCAACAAGGAGUAUGAAGGGGACUGUUCAGUACACGGACCUCUUCUCAUGGUGGCAGACACACAGGAAACACCAGGAAGCUCAGACAGAGCGUGGAAAACGAUGCCUGUUGGUCUGGAGAUUGAGGAAUCUGGGAUCCCAGGCGCUGGUCUUGGAGUUUGGGCGUCUCGGGACUUUGUUCCACGCACCUGCUUUGGGCCGUACGAGGGAGACUCCAUCCAAGAUGAGAACACUGCUCAUGGAUCAGGAUACAGUUGGCAAAUCCACACAGAUGGACAACCUUCCCACUUUGUAGAUGGCCAACACUGCAACACAGCCAACUGGAUGAGAUAUGUCAACUGUGCUCGAACAGAGGAAGAACAGAAUCUGACUGCAUUUCAAUACAAUGGCCAUAUCUACUACAGAGCCUACAAAAAGAUCGGUGUUGGUUGCGAGCUGCUUGUAUGGUACGGACACAAGUAUGCAAGGAACCUUGGUAUCGAGAGACAACUUACACUCCAAGAGGGGCACACUGAAGACAUGUACCCGUGUGACAGCUGUGAUCUUGGGUUCUCAUCCGUGGUGUUCUUGUGGAAACAUCUCAAGAAGAUGCAUGGAGGAAAACUGACAGCUCAGAUGAGGUUCAUAGUUAACACUCAGGGUGUUAGCAUCUGUGACUUUAUUGAAAAGAUAGAAAGCCGAGAAGAGGACAGAGACUCUCAGGAAAUUAGCAUCUGUGACUUUAUUGUGAAGAUAGAGAGCCCGGAGGACAACAGUGCCACUCAGGGCGUUAACAUCUGUGACUUCAAUGGGGAUGUAGAAAGCCCGGAAGACAACAGUGCCACUCAGGGCAUUAACAUCCGUGACUUCAAUGGGGAUGUAGAGAGCCCGGAAGACAACAGUGCCACUCAUGGCGUUAACAUCCGUGACUUCAAUGGGGAUGUAGAGAGCCCGGAAGACAACAGUGCCACUCAGGGCGUUAACAUCCGUGACUUCAAUGGGGAUGUAGAGAGCCCGGAAGACAACAGUGCCACUCAGGGCGUUAACAUCCGUGACUUCAAUGGGGAUGUAGAGAGCCCGGAAGACAACAGUGCCACUCAGGGCGUUAACAUCCGUGACUUCAAUGGGGAUGUAGAGUGCCCGGAAGACAACAGUGCCACUCAGGGCGUUAACAUCCGUGACUUCAAUGGAGAUGUAGAGAGCCCGAAAGACAACAGUGCCACUCAGGGCAUUAACAUCCGUGAAUUUAUUGAGAAAGUAGAGUGCCCAGAAGAGGACAGUGCCACUCAGGACGUUGACAUCCAUGACUUUAUAGUUAAGACAGAGUGCCCAGAAGAGGACAGUGACUUUCAGGACGUUGACAUCCAUGACUUUAUAGUUAAGACAGAGAGCCCAGAGAACAGUGACACUCAGGACGUUGACAUCCAUGACUUUAUAGUUAAGACAGAGAGCCAGGUACAGACCAGUGACGAUGUCAAUGAGGACAGGAACCCUGAACCAACAGAAACAGAUAACCACCAGAAACGUAAACAGCGUCAGGGUGGGAAAGUGCAUCAGUAUGGUAAGCAUAGCAAAGAAUUCAAUGCACCAAGUCGCUUGCAGACACGCUUGCAGACACGCCUGCAGACACACAUGGAGAGACACUUGAGGAGUAAAACGAGGAGUAACACUCGAGUGAAGCUUUUUCCAUGUGAGAAAUGUGGGAAAACGUUUUCACUGGCAAGUAACCUGCAGACACAUAUGAAUCUUCACAGCAGAGUUAAAUCUUAUUCCUGUAAAAAGUGUGGGAAAACAUUUAGAAAAACAAGUGACCUUCAAAGGCACACGGGAAGUCACAGUAGAGCAAGACCAUAUGCAUGUCCUGCAUUUGAGGAGACAUUAGCAAGAUCCUCUGAUUUGAAGAAGAUGAAACAUCACAACAAAGUCCAGCCAUACACGUGCUAUGAAUGUGGUAAAGCAUUUAAAAAGUCACGAUACCUGCAGGCACACAUGAAGCUCCACGUUGGAGUCAAAUCGUAUACAUGUAGUGAGUGUGGAAAAGCAUUUAUGUUUCCAUGCAACCUGGAGAAACACACAAUGUGUCACACUGGAGUAAAACCUCAUACGUGUAGUGAGUGUGAGAAAGCAUUUUCAACUUCGCAAGGCCUUUAUAGGCACAUGAGUUUACACACUGGUGAUAAACCAUUCCAGUGUGGUGAGUGUGGCAAUGUGUUUUCACAUCCAGAAAGCCUGAGGAAACAUAGAAUGUUACACACUGGGGAGAAGCCAUUCCAGUGUGGCACUUGUGGGAAAGCAUUUAUAGAUUCAGGUCAUCUGAAAAUACACAUGAGAAGUCACAGUGGAAUCAAGCCUUACAAGUGUAGCGAGUGCGGGAAAACAUUUACACAGUCAGGUAACCUCAAGUUGCACAUGACAAGUCACAGUGGCAUUAAGCCCUACCUGUGCAGUGAGUGCGGGAAAGCAUUCAGCCUGAUGAGUUACCUUCAGGGACACAUGAGGCAUCAUGCUGGUAUAAAACCAUACGAGUGCAACGUGUGUGGGCUCAGAUUUUGUGGCAACAAGAAGGCUCACAUGAGAACUCACACUGGAGAUAGGCCCUUUCUGUGUAGAGAAUGUGGAAAAACAUAUACAACUGCGGGUAACCUACGGACACACCAGAGAAAAAGUCACAUUGAAGUCAAACCUUACAAGUGUGAUGAGUGUGACCUGACAUUUACAUCAUUUGGUAAACUAAAGGUACACGCCAGAAUUCACACUGGAGUUAAGUUUUACAACUGUGACACGUGUGGGAAACCAUGUACAACACUGGGUAACCUGAAGGCACACAGGCAAACUCACGCUGGAGUCAGACCUUACAAAUGUGAGAAGUGUGGGAAAUACUAUUCAACACCGGGUAAUCUAAAGGCACACAUAAAAAGAACCCACACUGGAGUCAAUCGUAAGAACACUGAGGUGAAGAGUGUGGGAAAUCAGUUAAAGAUUCGAGUAACAUGAAGCAACACAUGCCUGUUGACAGUGGUGUCGAGCCUUGUUGGUUGCGAGAAAGAAUUCACACAUUCAGAUAACCUGAAGGCACACUUUUGAUGUUGCAUUUAACCCAAAUUAAAUUCACGGGGCGGUUGGGUAGCCUAGUGGUUAAAUGUCGCUCGUCACGCCAAAGACCUGGGUUCAAUCCCUGACAUGGGUACAAUGUGUGAAGCCCAUUUCUGGUGUUCCCCCAUCGUGAUAUUGCUAGAAUAUUGCUAAAAGCGACGUAAAACAUUCUCACUCACUCAUUAAAUUCGCAUCUCCGUUCUCGCUAUCACGAAACAAGGAUCUGAGGACAUCCUAUUAUGGGCCAUGUGGGAACAACUUUUCAUCCAACUUAUCAGAGCGUCGCUUACAAGAUUGGAAAAGUGACACUCAGAAUGUGUUCACAAAAGUCGAAAGUUCACAGAAGUUCAGUCAGACAUGACCUGUAAUUGGAUGUCCUGAGAUCUUUGUUUAGCAGUAGCUAGAACUUAGACCUGAUUUUAAAGAGACUGGCAUUGAACUACAUCCAUGUAGUUAUUGUGGCAAAGUAUUGACAACAUUGUCACUGAAGACACACAGGACUCUGUGAACAAGACCGUUUGUAGAUGUACUCCUAUUUUAAUUACACAAUUUAAGUAUAAGAUUUUAAUUACAUAUGUAUUACCUCAAAUAAAAACACUUGCUUUUACACAUUUA